GCGCCGCCAACGGAUACUGAGGUCUGGUCAUUCCCGUUUUUUGGUUUGCUUUCUUCUUCCCCGAAGAUUGGUCUACCUUACUUUUCCUUCAUAAAAAAACAGAAAAAUCAUCCCUUCCAACAUGAGCUCUUCCGCCGCCGCCACCUCUGCUGCUCCGUCGAGCCCCGUUGCCAACGCCGCCCCUGCUACCAACAACUCGGCGGCUGCGCAACCUUUCCACACCGCGUCCCUUUAUGUCGGGGACAUCCACCCAGAAGUGACAGAGGCGUUGUUGUUUGAAAUUUUCAACGCUGUGGGGCCUGUCGCGUCGAUCCGUGUGUGCCGUGAUGCGGUCACCCGUCGUUCGUUGGGUUACGCGUACGUGAACUUCCACAACGUGAGCGACGCCGAGCGUGCGUUGGACACGAUGAACUACACGAGCAUCAAGAGCGUGCCGUGCCGCAUCAUGUGGUCCCAACGUGACCCGACCUUGCGCAAGUCGGGCGUGGGCAACAUCUUUGUCAAGAACCUCGACACGUCGAUCGACAACAAGGCGUUGUACGACACGUUUUCUCUGUUCGGCAACAUCUUGUCGUGCAAGGUCGCGUACGACUUGAACGGAAACUCCAAGGGCUACGGGUACGUCCACUACGAGACGGCCGAAGCCGCGUACCUUGCCAUCGAAAAGAUCAACGGCAUGUUGAUUGCCGGCACCGAAGUGUUCGUCGGCCAUUUCCAAAAGCGCGAAAACCGCCCCGCCGAUUCGGACUGGACCAACUGCUACAUCAAGAACAUUCCCCACAACUGGGACGACGCCAAGUUGCGCUCGGAAUUCGAACCGUUUGGAGUGAUCUCGUCGUGCGUGGUGAUGAAGGACACGACCUCGGAAAACAACCGCGGAUUCGGCUUCGUCAACUUCGAAGAACCCGAAGCUGCCCGCGAGGCCACGGACAAGCUGAACGGCAAGGUGGUGGCGACGGACGACAAUGGCGCCGACAUCGAACUGUACGUUGGUAAAGCACAGAAGCGUAGCGAACGCGAACGCGAAUUGCGCCACAAGUUUGAAGCGUUGAAGAUGGAACGUAUCAACAAGUACCAAGGCGUCAACUUGUACGUGAAGAACUUGGACGACCAGCUCACCGACGAAGAAUUGCGCGAAGCGUUCACGGCCGUGGGCACGAUCACGAGCGCGCGCAUCAUGCGUGACCCAGCCGGCGCGUCGCGCGGCUUUGGCUUUGUGUGCUUUGCCACCCCGGAAGAAGCCACCAAGGCCGUGACUGACUUGAGCGGCAAGCUGCUCAACGGCAAGCCCAUUUACGUGGCGUUGGCCCAACGCAAAGAAGUGCGCCGCGCACAAUUGGAAGCCCAACACGCGCAACAACGCAUGGUCGCCGGCCGCGGCUUGCCUUUGCAACACCAGCCUCCCAUGUACGGCGCCGCGCCCAUGUUUUACGCGCAGCCCAACCAAUUGCCGCCCCAAGCGCGCCAAGGAUUCGUGUACCCGCAGCAGAUGAUCCCCCGUGGCGGCAUUCCUCGCGGCCCCAUUCCUUACCGCCAACCCGGUGUGCCCGGUGGUCCCGGUGGCUACGGCAUGCCCCAGUACGGCGUGCCCUUGCAAGGUCAACAGCGUCAGCCUCGUGGUCGCCGGCCGCAAGGCCCCCCUGGCCAAUUGGCCGGACCUCCUCAAGGCCAACCUGGCAACCCCAACGGCCCCCGCCAAAACAACCGCAACAACUUCAAGUACACGGCGAACGCCCGCAACCAACCUUCGUUGCAGGAACAGGCGCCCCAGCCUGCGGCCCCUGCGGUCGCUGCCGGUGUGCCCACGUUGGAACCGUUGACGUCGGCGGCGUUGGCGGCGGCGUCCCCCAGCAUCCAAAAGAACAUGAUUGGCGAACGCUUGUUCCCGUUGAUCCACCGCUCGCAACCGGAAUUGGCGGGCAAGAUCACGGGCAUGUUGCUCGAAAUGGACAAUGGGGAAUUGUUGCAUUUGCUGGAGUCCCCGGACGCGUUGGACGCGAAGAUCGCGGAGGCGUUGGCGGUGUUGGAAGCCCACGAAACGGAAGAAUAAGGAACAAGCAAACCAAACAAGGGAAUACAGAGAGCAAGAGAAGUUGGACUUAUUUUGAAGUAAAUGAAGUCGUGGUUUUGCUCUCUCUAUACUGUCUGUAUUCCCUUGGCACGGUUUUGGUUUGGUCGCGUUUUUUAUCAUCUUUAUAUAUAUUUACAGUACCAUUUCCCCAAA